AAUUUCUUCAUUCAGCGCUCGGAGCUCUCGACAGGUGAAUCGCAAUUCGCUCUCGGGAAACAAAUUACAAAUUUUGGAUCGCCUCGAUCUUUGAUACUCGAUAUUCAGGAUCAGCUACUCCUUUUUUUUUCUAUAUUUUUGCUUGUGAAUUUUGUGUUACGGAUACCUUUUUUUUUUGCGAAAUGCAGUUGAACGAUCAUUGGCGCAAGAUUGUGAAGACGUUGAUCUUCGCAUUCCUAUGCACUGAAAUGCAAACGACAUACACGCAUCGUGAUUUGGCCGCCAAACGUGGUAUUAGCCUGGCCGAAAUGGAUGCCAUUGCAGCGCCAACGGGUAAGGAACGAUUCCAGCUGAAUAUGUUGGCUCCACACCAGGCAUCCAUACGGCUGUUGGCCUUGGAGCGGGAUUACUUCGGCAAGGGUCACAUCUGCUCCGGCGCUUUGGUGGCGCCCUCUGUUGUGCUGACCGUCAGUAGCUGCCUCUUCAGCCAAGUGAAGGAGUCGAACUACCAUCCAUCAGAACUGCGAGUGGUGCUCGGAAGUCCCCAGAGAUUUGCGCCCCAUGAGCAGGCGCUCGUCUUCGGAGUGACCCACAUCCAUCACCCGCCCAAGGACCUGGCUCUGGCCAUCGUAAUGCUGGAGAAGGAUGUGCCCGAGGAUCAUCCCUAUAUUGAAGCCAUCGGUCUACCCGCUCCUGGAGCCACUUCCAUCCUGGACGCGGAGCACCAGAAUCUACUGCAGAUUAACACCUGGGGCUACGAUGGCUAUAUACGCGAGCUGCACGAUCUGGUCACCUUGAAUGCCACCCACACAUCCUGCCACCAGCAGCCGAAUAAAUCGCCAAGGAUUUGUGUCCAGCUGAAGUCGUGCAACUACAAUCCUGGCCAGCUUUACAUGGAUGCCGGUGCAACGCUGACGGAGCGGGAUCGUCUCUUGGGCUUGAGAAGCAUCGACGGAGCCUUCGAGGACGUGGCCAGUCAUGUGGAUUGGAUACUGACCAAGAUUGGGGAUGGUGGCAAUCAGAAUAGCGCCAUCUGGGGCAUACUGGGUUUCUUAGUAUUCACCGGUUACGUGAUCACCAUCAGCACUAAGACCUUUUCAACCUGAGAUGCCUUCUAAGGGGGUUUUUGAUCUGGAAAAUUGGGGGAAAACUAGCCACGUAAGAUAUCCAAGGCUUUCCAUGGGUUUCAAUGAAAUGCCGAGGAGUGUGAUAAUCUCGAUCCGAUCCAAAGAGCGGAACAAUCGUUUUAAGCCAGAUUGGCACCUUACAUUACAUAUGUCCAAAGACAUAUGUAAAUUUUGCGUUCCCAAAGUAAUAAUACUUUCCUAAUUCAACAAAAAUAAACAAUUCAUUUAUAUACAUAGGAUUAACAUAAUUAUGUACAGUACAAAUACACAUAGAUUACAAACAAUA